AUGGUUAUUGAGUUGGACACCUUGUUCGUUCCCAAUCUAAAACUUUUGGAUCCACUUUCGGACGACCGCAUUGCUAGAGACUUCUCGUCGGCGGGCAAGUUCUUCCUCGUCACAGACUUUCUGGACCUGGGCUCGUCCGCGCCGGGUGGCUCGGGCUUAUCGCUGGCUGCCAAGCUCGCGAAGCUCUACACUACGCCGGCGCCGACGUCAAAGUUUGGGUUUCCCGUGCCGACCUGCUGCGGUGCCACGGAGCAGGAUAACUCGUGGAAGGACUCGUGGGCCGACUUCUACGCGAACAACCGCCUGCGUGCCAUUCUGCGCGAGGGUAUCAACCGGCAUGGUGCAGAUAAGGAAUUUGCUGGCCAAGGCGGCGCGGAAGAGGUCGUCUAUAACCCGUCGACCACGUACGGGCACUCUGAGUACGAGCUUGGAAUCAGGCGCAUAUUUGGGGGCUUUGGGAGUGCUUUUUGGAGAGAGUAUAAAGAGUUGGUUCCCAAGGCAGAGCCCAAGGAAGAAUGGGGCGACAGGGUUUUGCUAUAUGAGCUGUACCAUCACUUGAAUCAUUUCGCGCUGUUUGGCGGCGGCUAUUGUGGCGGCGCCAUGUCCAUCAUGAAGAAGCUGAUCUCCAAAUAUGGAUAA